GCUUCAAGCUGACGUGGCAACCUUCCUCCGCCUGCUCAAGCAAACUCCCCCGAGUUCGCAUUGCUCCCACUCCACCUCGAUUCAGAAAACUCUGCUUCGGAAUCACGUCCUCGACCGAACUCCAAUUCGACUUCCCCACCCCCCAAUUCGCUACCAGAAAACCCUAAAUUAUGAGAAAACACAGCUCCUAAAACUGUAGAAGCCAUGAGCGGGAACGAGUUCCGCUUCUUCUUGUCCUGCGACAUCAACCUCCCAGUAACCUUCCGGAUCGAACUGCUAGAAGGAGCCUUGCCUCCCUCCAAGUCCCCUAGCUCCGAUGUUGAUCCCGCUUUCGCAACAGAAGAGAGAAAUUCAGAGCUGUAUGUGGAGUGUGCAUUGUACAUUGAUGGUGCUCCGUUUGGGCUUCCCACCAGGACAAGGUUGGAAUCUUCAGGACCAUUAUAUUGUUGGAACGAACUCGUUACUCUGAGUACCAAAUACCGAGACUUAACCGGUCACUCACAACUUGCUCUAACAGUUUGGGAUGUUUCGUGUGGGAAGGAUGAAGGGUUGGUUGGUGGUGCUACAAUUCUUCUUUUUAAUAGCAAAAAGCAACUCAAAACAGGGAAGCAAAAGCUGAGGCUUUGGAAGGGAAAAGUAGCAGACGGGUCGUUUCCUACUUCUACUCCUGGAAAGGUCCCCAGGCAUGAGCGCGGGGAGUUGGAACGCUUGGAGAAGCUUGUGAAUAGGUAUGAGAGGGGGCAGAUCCAAUGUGUUGAUUGGCUGGACCGCCUGGCUUUUAAAGCUAUGGAGAGAAUAAAGGAACGGGAAAGCUCUAAAAAUGGAAGUUUGCAUUUAUACCUGGUUGUCGAUUUCUGUAGUUUCGAACAUCGUGUUGCUUUCCAGGAAUCGGGGGCAAAUUUCUUGUUACCGUCCCCAAUAGCUUCAACAAAUGAAAUUGUCACGGUCUGGGACCCAGAAGUGGGAAAGAUGAAUCCAUCAGAGCACAAGCAACUAAAACUCGCAAGGAGUUUAACCCGUGGUAUCAUUGACAGGGAUCUCAGACCAAGCUCCAAUGAAAGAAAGUCAAUACACAGGAUUCUGAAAUACCCACCAACGAGGACUUUGACUGGCGAUGAAAGGCAGCUCCUCUGGAAAUUUCGUUUCUCAUUGAUGUCAGAAAAGAGGGCCCUCACAAAGUUCCUCAGAUGUGUUGAAUGGAGUGAUAUUCAGGAAGCAAAACAAGCAUUAGAACUGAUGGCCAAAUGGGACAUGAUUGAUGUCUGCGACGCAUUAGAGCUGCUAUCUCCUGUUUUUGAAAGUGAAGAGGUUCGUGCAUAUGCUGUCAGUGUUCUUGAAAGAGCUGAUGAUGAAGAGCUCCAGUGUUACUUACUUCAACUGGUUCAGGCUCUUCGAUUUGAGCGUUCUGAUAAAUCUCGUCUUUCUCAUUUCCUUGUGCAACGUGCGUUAAGAAACAUUGAGUUGGCUAGCUUUCUACGCUGGUAUGUUGCUGUAGAACUCCAUGAUCCAGCAUAUGCCAAACGGUUUUACUGUACCUACGAAAUCCUGGAAGAGAAUAUGAUGAAGUUGCCAGCUGGUGUGCAAGGAGAUGAAGAUGGACUUAAACUGUGGCAAACUUUGGUGCGCCAGACAGAAUUAACUGCACAGUUGUGUUCAAUAACGAGAGAUGUAAGAAAUGUACGUGGCAAUACCCAGAAGAAGAUUGAAAAGCUUAGACAACUGUUUUCUGGUCUCCUUAGUGAACUUACAUAUUUUGAAGAGCCAAUAAGAUCACCACUGGCCCCAGGAGUCCUCAUCACUGGGAUUGUGCCAUCUGAGUCAUCAAUAUUCAAAAGUGCACUGCAUCCUUUGCGUUUGACUUUCCGAACAGCAAGUGGGGGAAGUUGCAAAGUUAUCUUUAAGAAGGGGGAUGAUCUUCGCCAAGACCAAUUAGUUGUUCAAAUGGUAUAUCUCAUGGAUCGAUUGCUGAAAUUGGAAAAUCUUGAUCUGCAUUUAACUCCUUAUCGAGUUCUUGCGACCGGGCAAGAUGAAGGAAUGCUAAAAUUCAUACCAUCCCGCUCAUUAGCACAGAUUCUCUCAGAGCACAGAAGCAUUACAAGCUACCUGCAGAAAUUUCAUCCAGAUGAGCAUGGACCAUUUGGUAUUACUGCUACCUGUCUGGAAACAUUUAUAAAGAGCUGUGCUGGCUACUCUGUUAUCACAUAUAUACUGGGCAUAGGAGACAGACAUCUUGACAACCUUCUCCUUGUGGACGAUGGACGUCUUUUUCAUGUUGAUUUUGGCUUCAUUCUGGGUCGUGAUCCAAAACCAUUUCCGCCUCCAAUGAAGCUUUGCAAAGAAAUGGUUGAGGCUAUGGGUGGAGCUGAAAGCCAGUACUAUACAAGGUUCAAAUCCUACUGUUGCGAAGCAUACAACAUUAUUAGGAAAUCCAGUAACCUAAUCUUGAACCUGUUUCACCUAAUGGCGGGUUCCAACAUUCCUGACAUAGCUUCAGAUCCUGAAAAAGGCAUCCUCAAGCUCCAGGAGAAGUUCCGGUUGGACUUGGACGAUGAAGCCUGCAUACAUUUCUUCCAGGAUUUAAUCAAUGAGAGUGUCAGCGCAUUGUUUCCUCAAAUGGUCGAGACCAUUCAUCGGUGGGCUCAAUACUGGCGCUGAUCUCUGAAACAGGUUGGGUGUCAUCUACAUCUUUGAAAGAUACAGGUUUAGAUCUAAGCAAAAUGGAGCGCAAUGACAUUCUAGGAUUCAUACAGCCAAAUCCACUCAAUGAGAUAAGGCCGUUAUCAAAUCUGAGCUAAAUGAUAUGAAAGGGGCAUAUGCAUGAUAUGUUUGAAGAAACAGUAGAUUGGUCCAGGGAGCAUGGGAUGAAAGUUAUCUUAUUGUGCAUAGAUUUAUCUAUUAUAUAUAAAGCCGGAGGUGUGAUGAACAAUGCAGCAUAUAAUUUUUUUUUAAAGCCAAAUUACCGAUUUA